AUGCCGGUCUUCACUGAAUAUUCCUACUCAUCUCGGGACUUAAGAGUCCUGCCAUCGUUUGCACUACCCCUACCUCGACUAGCACCCCCAUUCGAAUGCAAUGAUCAAAACAAAGAUAAAUACGAAGCAGUUGUGGUCGGCGCCGGACCCGCGGGCCUAAUGCUGACUCUCCUCCUCUCUCGCUAUGGGCUUAGCGAUACAUCCCUCCUCUGUAUCGACGCCAAGCCAAGCACACUGAAAUCUGGCCAAGCAGAUGGUGUGCAGCCCCGCACACUCGAGGUCUUCAAAUCACUCGGGAUCUCAACCGAGAUCGAGAACGAAGGGUGCCAGAUGUGGCAAUUUGCAUUCUGGAACCCGUCCCUUGAUCCAAACAAAGUAAUCGAACGUACAUCCGUUGUGCCGGAAGUUAUUCCUCCAGCGCGGUUCCGGUACGAGGCUACCAUCCACCAGGGACGGAUCGAGCGUAUCAUGGAGACCGACCUGCUGCGGUACUCCGAGCGGGGGAUUGUGCGAAACACAAAAGUUGUGGAAGUCAAAAUUGACGAAGAAGGUGAUGCUGAGUUCCCGGUGAUUGUGACUAUGGCUACAAAUGGUGUCGAGAAGACAGUUCGCACGAAGCAUCUUGUUGGUGCGGAUGGGGCGCAUUCAGUCGUCCGACAGUGUAUGGGGUUGCGGCUGGAAGGGGAGUCUUUGGAUCAUAUCUGGGGUGUGGUUGAUAUGGUUGCUGAGACUGAUUUCCCCGAUAUUCGUCGCCGCUGUGCUAUUCAUUCUCCUGCAGGGUCCGUUAUGAUUAUCCCGAGAGAGAGGAUUUCUACGGGCGAAUACCUCACUCGGUUAUAUGUUCAAGUUCCUGAGGUCGCGGCCCCGGAGUGUGAUCAAACGCCAAAUGGAGUAGAGGGUGUGAAGGCUGAAGAUGCUCGGCAGCGGAGAAGUAAGAUUACCCCUGAGGGGAUUCUGAAACAAGCUGCCGAUGCAAUCAAACCAUACUCGCUUCGGCCCAAAGAGGAUGCUAUCGACUGGUGGGCUGCCUAUCAAAUUGGCCAGCGUGUCUCGCCUGAGUUUAUUGUCAAUGAUUCAAAGGGAGUGGCGAGGGUUUUCAUUGUUGGGGACGCCUGCCAUACACAUAGCCCGAAAGCUGGCCAAGGCAUGAAUGUUUCAAUGAUGGACUCCUACAAUUUAGCCUGGAAACUCAUGUAUCACAUCAAUGGGCUUGUACCAGAACCAACAGAUUCCAACAGCCCAGCCCCGUUACUCAGCACAUACCAGACAGAACGUCACGAAAUAGCCGAGCAGCUCAUCGACUUCGACCGGAAAUUCUCUACCAUGUUCUCAGGCCAGAUGGGCGCAACUGAAGGACUGACACAAGAAGAGUUCCAACAGGCCUUCGAGCUCGGCAAUGGCUUUACCAGCGGCUGUGGUGUGGAGUACCCAGAAAACAUGCUAGUCAUCAGAGACGGUUUGCACAAUCAUAUCAAAAGCAAGAAUUCAAACCCUGUCACAGGAACGGACUACAUAUCCGGAAUCCUGAGACCAGGUCGGAGAUUACUCAAUGUACGAUUGCUGCGACACGCUGAUGGGUGGCAGCGGGAUAUUCAUGACGACAUACCUUCGACUGGCCGCUUCCGCAUUUUAUGUCUGACAUCCACCGACCUUCUCGAUCAGAACAGUGACUCAGUGCAAGCACUGGAAGCAAUCACUUUACUCGAAGCGCAGUUCCCCAAGUCGACUAUCGAGCAGAUUAUUCUGCAUCCCCAACUGCAUCGGUCUUUUGAGUGGAAUGACGUGCCGACGUGCGUGAAGCAACAGGCUGAGAUGCGCUUCUAUGAUGGGUCAGCUUUAGAUGAUGCGUAUUGUAUCUAUGGUGUGAGCCCGACACAGGGCGCAUUGGUGGUGGUCAGGCCUGAUGGGUACGUUGGAACUGUUGCUUGUCUUGGUGACGUGCAGAGGAUAGGUGAAUAUCUAAAACAGUGUAUCCGAACUAUCUCUGGUAAUUAG